AUGACAUCUGCCGAAGCCCUGUGUCGGUCUCCUUUCUACCUGGAAUCACUCUUCCCGGCUACCGGUGGCUUUAUCGAAGGCCGUUUCUGCGAGACCAUCGGGAAUAUCUCGUGCUGCCUGCCAUGUCCUCUUGCCGAUUGGAGGUAUGGCGAUGAUACCGCCCAAAAGGCCGCUGUCGCAGGUUGGAUCAGUGUCGCCAUCUUGCCUUUCUGUAUCUUUCUCCUCAUUUCAUACGCCGUUCUUGCUCCCAAAUGGACCAAUCGUCACUAUCUGAGUAUUUGCUUUACUCUGGGUAUCUGCUGCAUGGAGAUCGCCUUCAUUAUUCCUCUCGGGGCCAGACCAGACCAAUGUCAUAACGCCAUUACACCUAAUGAUAUGUAUUCGGAUCUCUCGUGCGCCUUCUCUGGCGCACUCCUACUAUUCGGCGGCUGGCUGGUCGUCAUGUGGAGUUUCAUCCGCACUAUCGCAUUCCACGUACAGGUAUGCUGGGAGGUUGUCCUUGGACCCAAAUUCAUGUGGGGAGCCUUCCUUUGCGGGUUUGGUAUCCCAGCCAUCGGAAUCACAGUGAUGCUCAUCAUCACCGGCGUCUCCUUCCGGUUCGGUCAGAUCUGUCACAUCAACAUUAAACACGGCGAGCAGGACUACUGGUACCCCGUCAUGGCGUUUGCCGCAGCAGCCCUCGUCAUGCAGCUCGCAACCAUGGCCUACUGCAUCCACAUCUACCUCCGCUCGCUCUUCGACAAAUCAGCCUCGACCACCGAAAAUAGCUCCGGCCUCCCAUCAUACACAUCUAGCAUACGCACCCAAACCGCUCGUCAGGCCUAUCGCCGGGUGAAACGCGUGCUGCAGCUACAGUGGCGUGGAGUCGCCCUAGUGGUAAUCAUCAUCGCCAAUGUCAUUUUCUUCGCCGUGGUAUUCAUCGACCUGGACCGUGAAAUUGCGCCUACGCCCGCCAACUUAAAACGCGCCGAACCUUGGCUAGCCUGCCUCCUUAUGGGUGGGACUAAAAAAGAGUGCAUGCAGUACGCAUCCGCGCUAGGCCCCAACGAGGCCACUAUCCUCGCCAUGAUCUACCUGUUGUCUCUAGUCGGAAUCUGGAACUUCAUUCUAUUCGCACGGCCAUCCAUGUUCGCCGGCUGGCUCGAUCUGUGGCGGCGCGGCUUCAAUAGUCGGCAUGAGUAUGUCUCAGCCGAUGCGAACAAUCGUCACGUCGAUAACAAGGGCUUCGAGAUGCUCACGACGGCCACGGUCAAGACACCCGACCCCUACAUGCGAUCACCCAGCCCCAGUCACAUGAUGGGACAUGGCCGGACCUCUAUGACCAGUCCCAGCCCAACUAUUGACCGAAACGUUCAUUUCGGGCAGGAGGCACGUUACGUGCGCCCCUCAAUGAGUUUCAGCGGACCGCGACCACCCAGUGCCCAAGAGUGGAAUCCGUCAUCGAGCUUUGCUCAGAGUCAGGCGCGAUAA